AGCCGGCCUGGGGCCUGAGACACCCCGAGUCGCAGUGGCCGGGCGGCGGGAGGCAGCAGCGGCGGCGCGGUGGCGACAUGGCCUUUGUCUCAGAGGAUAACAUCCAUCAGAGUUCAAACUCCACCUACAGGACCGCCAGCAGCUCUCUGUGUUCCGAGCAGGAAGCACUGUUUGAGAAGCGGCUGGACCGCUUGCCGCCCAGCCUGCCGAGGCCCGAGGACCGCUUCAACGCUGCCUACGUCAUCUUCUUCAGCCUGGGCAUCGGCGGCCUCCUGCCAUGGAACUUCUUCGUCACUGCCAAGGACUACUGGAUAUUCAAACUCCGCAACUGCUCCAGCCCAGCCCCCGGGGAGAAGCCUGAGGACUCGGACAUCCUGAAUUACUUUGAGAGCUACCUUUCCAUCGCUUCCACCGUGCCCUCCGUGCUGUGCCUCGUGGCGAACUUCCUGCUUGUCAACAGAGUUCCGAUUCAUGUUCGUGUGCUGGCCUCGCUGACUGUCAUGCUGGCCAUCUUCGUGGUAAUGACCGUGCUGGUGAAGGUAGACACCUCCUCCUGGACCCAGAGCUUCUUUGCUGUCACCAUCGCCUGCAUGGCCGUCCUCAGUGGCACCUCCACCGUCUUCAAUAGCAGCGUCUUCGGCAUGACGGGCUCCUUCCCGAUGAGGAACUCCCAGGCGCUGAUAUCAGGAGGAGCCAUGGGCGGCACCAUCAGUGCCGUGGCCUCCCUGGUGGACCUGGCGUUGUCCAACAACGUGACGGACAGCACCCUGGCCUUCUUCCUCACUGCGGACGUCUUCCUCGCACUCUGCAUCGGCCUCUACCUGCUGCUGCCCCGGCUGGAGUACGCCAGGUACUACAUGAGGCCCGUCUGGCCCGCCCACGUGUAUUCUGGCGAAGAGCAGCCGUGCCAGGACUCCCCCGGCUCCCCUCUGGCGGCCCCCAGACCCAGCUUCUCCCCGACGCCGCCCCUGCGCCCCAUCCUAAAGAAGACCGCCGGCCUGGGCUUCUGCGUCAUCUACCUCCUCUUCAUCACCAGCGUCAUCUUCCCCGCCGUCUCCACCAGCAUCGAGUCCCUGGACAAGGCCUCGGGCUCGCCCUGGACCACCAAGUUCUUCGUCCCCCUCACCGCCUUCCUCCUGUUCAACUUCUCGGACCUGUGCGGCCGGCAGAUCACGGCCUGGAUCCAGGUGCCGGGGCCCAGGAGUAAGGUGCUCCCCGCGCUGGUGCUGCUCCGGACCGGCCUCGUCCCCCUCUUUGUGUUCUGCAACUACCAGCCCCGGGUCCACCUGCAGACGGUGGUCUUCCCGUCCGACAUCUACCCAGUGGUGUUCAGCUCCCUGCUGGGCCUCAGCAACGGCUACCUCAGCACGCUGGCCCUCAUCUACGGGCCGAAGCUCGUGCCCAGGGAACUGGCGGAGGCCACAGGGGUGGUGAUGUCCUUUUACAUGUACUUGGGCUUGGUACUUGGCUCAGCCUGCUCGGCCCUGCUUGUGCACCUCAUCUAGGAGCGGGCGGUGGCGAGAGGGCCGGUGCUGAGCAGCCCUGCUUGGGAGCUCAGAGAGACGACAGGACCCGCCCGGAGGGCUGGAGCUGGGCUCUGUGUGGACAGCAGAGCACAUGGGGCCUCAUCUGUCCCCAGGGAGCUGGUGGCAUGUGCUGCCUCCGGGUCAGGCAGAAACAUUCCAGACACCUUAGCAGAACGAUCCUGAGACGUGAAGACAAAAGAUGAGAUAAAAGACGUCUGAGUAAGACACAGCCACAGGCACGCUCUGCCUUUCCGCAGAGCCUGUUGGGGACUGGGUGGUCAGUGUUCAGCUCAGAGAAGUGCCAACACCCCACCUUGCUCCUCCCGGCUGACAGCAAGGUGUGGGAAUUCUCGGCCCUCCCUAACCAGAGGGGUCCUCCUGGAGAGGAAGUCCCCAUGGGAUGGCCAGACUUUAGGUACAAGACCCAAGCCUGUGCAGACCCUGCUUUCUGGGGGUGAGAGAGCACCCACCUACCAGACUGGGACCCCCAAAAGAGGCCUUCGGAGCCCUACAUUCCUUCAGCGCUGGCUCCAGAAAGCAUCCCGGGACUGGAGACGAAGCUUGUCAGGCCUGUGUUUUCAAACAGGACUCUUUACAUGGUCUUGGCCUGGGUCAGGGCUGGGUCUUUUGACACUGAUGUUUACAACAUGGUCAUAGGUUCAAGGGCAUAAUAAAUACCUGGGUAUUUAAUGAA